AGGGUCACUCACCUGACUCGGAUUAGAUUGUCUGGCACAUUUUCUAGCAGCCCCCUCUCUGCUUUGGCACUCUGCUUCAAGCUUACAAAGUUCCACAAUAGGAAAAAGAAACACUUGGCAUCACAACAGCAGAAUCCUUCCGCACCCCAAUGACAAUAACUCAACAUAUCAAAAGCUGCGUGUCAAUGCACCAUCUAAACCCGAAACCAGGGGGACCUGGAGGGACAAUACUGAUACAACAAGAACAGUCACUCAGUGAGAACACCCGUGUCUCUCAACAUGUGUGCUCUGAGGACGAGGUGAUGUUCUGUAAUCCCAACUUUGACAAUGGAACAGAGUUCAUCUCAUCGGGAGCCUUUACAGACAUAGAUUUUGUCACACGAUCCUUGCAAGUCAGUACUGUUUCUCUACAGAGUAGAAGGCCUCAUCAUAAUCGUCUUACUGUACUCAUCUUCGUAGCAGUUAUCCUGGUCAUGGUGUUGAUUUUCAGUCUGACGCUUGGAAUUGUGAUGUCUAAGUAUAAGAAGAAUGAUCUGAAAACAGCAACACUGACCAAUACCAGUGUCCCUUCUACUGGAGUUAUCAUGGAAACUGAAUCUCCUCCUGUGUGUGGAGGAUUCCUGAGUGCCUCAGAGGGAAUAUUAAGCUCUCCGAAUUAUCCCUUUCAUUACCCACCCAACUCUCACUGCUCCUGGAUGCUGGAUGCAGGAGAAGGAAGGCUCGUCCAGAUUAAAGUGCAAUACUUAGAUGUGGAACGCUAUGGAUUUUGUCUUUUCGACUGGUUGGAGCUCAGAGAUGGUAACACAUCAAGCAGGUACUGUGGCUCUGUCACUCCCACUACAUUUAUUUCUAGCUCACAUUGGUUACAAGUCCAGUUUGUAUCUGAUUACCUUAAUGAAGGAGUAGGCUUCUUUGCAAAAUACCAAAUGAUUGAACCUAACCAAGGAAGCUGUUCCUGGGAUGAAUUCUUAUGUGAUGGACGACGUUGUGUCUUGCUUCCAGCCCUCUGUGAUGGAAUCUUUGACUGCAUUGACAGGACAGAUGAAGAGAACUGCAGUCAGAGCCAAUGGGACUGUGGGGGCUCUUUAAAUGAACUCCAAGGGUCUCUCUUCUCCCCCAGCCAUCCUGAACUUUAUCCCGGUAAGACUGUUUGUCGGUGGCUUAUCUCUAUAUCGGAUGGACUGACUAUCCAGCUCCAGUUCCACAACUUUAGCCUGGUGUCCCAGAAAGGCUGCAAUUAUGAUUAUGUUGAGGUCCAUGACAGUGCUGGAUUUGGAAUUGCCAGUUUGAUGGGAAGGUUCUGUGGUUCUGAAAUCCCUCCAACCCUCACUUCGUCUGGGGCUCAGAUGACUAUUCUAUUUGUGUCCAGUACAGUAUCAGAUAUAGGAUUCUUUGCAACAUAUCAAGCUUUAAAUGCUACAGAAAUUGAAUGCAGUUCCAUGGAUUUGAGAUGUGGAGAUGGAAAAUGUGUAUCUCUGCAAUGGGCUUGUGAUGGAUGGCAGGACUGCUCUGACGGGAGAGAUGAACUGGACUGUCCCGAGGUACCUGAUCCUGAAUCGGAGAACCCAUGUCGCCCACUGAAUGUUCCAUUAUGUCAAGGUCUAUCUUAUUCUCUCACGGUGUUUCCCAAUCUCUGGGUGUCUCUUCUGGAACAACCAGCUGCCAGUGAGCUGCUCAAAGGAUAUAAGAUUCUCCAGGAUCUGCCAUGUUUCCCUGCUAUGCGCCCAUUACUGUGUGCCCUGUUGGUUCCCAGCUGUUCAUCUGAUGGUGGAGCUUUACAGCCUUGUCGUUCAGUGUGUUUAAAUGCAAUGCAACUAUGCUUGACUCAAAUCGAGCAACUUGGCUUCUCAUGGCCUUUCAAGUGUGACCAUCUACCAGUGCGUAGCCAGCAACCGGACUGUGUGAUUCCCUGAUAAGCUCCAGUAUACUGACGGAGUUUAGACUGGCUGUACAUGUGAAAUAUCAAAUCAAUAAAUGCAUAUUAUUUAUCA